GUCGCCGGAAACAAUGGUGUAAACGGUGGUCGCUGUCAUAUAAAUAAGAAAAGGAAGUUUAUAUUUAGUCCCUCAACAUCUACUACUUGUCAUUCCAAUUGCAUUCUUUUUAACACAUCUUCAAUCCAAAAAGCCCUAAAUACCUUAUUCUCUUAGCCAUCUGAACUCAAACUCAGUUGAUUUCAAGUGUUCAACGUUUGUACUAAUCUUAAAAAGAGUUGGAAUCGUAUACUUCUUAAGAGAAGAUGAAGGUGGUGGGGUUAGUUAGUGGUGGCAAAGACAGCUGCUUUGCCAUGAUGAAGUGUCUCGAAUAUGGCCAUGAGGUUGUUGCAUUGGCGAACUUGUUGCCUGCCAAUGAUUCUGUGGAUGAGCUCGAUAGUUACAUGUAUCAAACUGUUGGUCAUCAGAUUGUUGUCAGUUAUGCAAAUUGCAUGGGGUUGCCUUUGUUUAGACGAAAGAUACAAGGAUCCACCAGGCGACAUGAUUUAAGCUACAACAAGACCACAGGUGAUGAAGUAGAAGACAUGUAUAUUUUGUUAAAAGAAGUAAAAAAGCAGAUACCGUCUAUCACAGCAGUCUCAUCUGGUGCAAUUGCUUCUGAUUAUCAAAGAUUACGCGUAGAAAAUGUUUGUUCAAGACUUGGUCUCGUUUCUCUAGCAUAUUUAUGGAAGCUGGACCAAUCUAUGCUCCUACAACAAAUGAUUGAUACCGGGAUUGUUGCCAUCACAGUAAAGGUGGCAGCUAUCGGUUUAGAUCCUUCAAAGCACUUGGGAAAAGAAAUGUCGCAUCUAUGGCCACACCUUCUUAAGUUAAACGAAUUAUAUGGAAGUAAUAUAUGCGGUGAAGGUGGAGAAUACGAAACAUUAACACUUGAUUGUCCCCUCUUCAAAUAUGCACGAAUUGUUCUAGAUGAAUUUCAACUUGUACUUCAUGAUUCAAAUUCCAUAGCGCCUGUUGGAAUCCUUCACCCUUUGGCGUUCCAUUGUGAAGAUAAAUUACCAUCUGCGUCUGUGAGUGACGUUAACCGAACUAAUGGUUUCUGUCCGGAGAAUACGGGAUCUGUAAUUGACGUACAAACCGAAUCUUUAGAAAUAGCCGAAGAGAAAUCCCAUACACCUGAUGUUGCGUUAGAUUUGGCCCAACUUGAAAACCAUAAACUUCAUAUUUCGAAAACUACAAAGGAAAACACUUUCUCCAUAUCUUGCUGGCUGCAGGACUCCACUAAAGUUUCAGUAAGUGAUGAUUUGAAGAUCAUUUUGACGAAAAUAGAAUCCGAACUUAACGAAGCCGGUUUUUCAUGGGAGAAUGUAGUUUACAUUCAUUUGUACAUCUCAGACAUGAAUAUGUUUUCUAUCGCAAACGAAACUUACGUGAAUUUCAUAACGCAAGAGAAAUGCCAUUUUGGCGUUCCAUCCCGCAGUACAAUCGAGGUUCCUCUGUUACAAGUCGGUCUCGGGAAUGCUUAUGUGGAAGUUUUGGUAGCAAACGAUCAAAGUAAAAAAGUACUUCACGUGCAGAGCAUCUCUUCAUGGGCCCCUAGUUGUAUCGGCCCAUAUAGCCAGGCAACUUUGCAUAAGGAGACACUUCACAUGGCGGGCCAAUUGGGCCUUGACCCGCCAACCAUGUCGUUAUGUGAUGGGGGGCCCGUUUCAGAACUAGAACAAGCACUGAUAAACAGUGAAGCCAUUGCAAAAUCGUUCAAUUGUUCAAUUAGUACAUCAGCCAUACUUUUCGUCAUUUAUUGUUCAAAGUCUACUUCACCGUUGGACAUAAUCAGUAUGCAAGAAAAGCAUAAUGAGAUUCUUAAUCAAAUUAAGCCACUCAAUUUAAAAUAUAACCAUCUUUCCGGAGUGCUAAAUCCUGUUUUCUUGUACGUACUUGUCCCCGAUCUGCCGAAAAGAGCUUUUGUUGAGGUGAAGCCGGUACUCUUUGUUGAGGAUGACACAAAUACCGAGGAAGUUGUUAAUGAUCAUGAUAUGUCUGACCAAAAACAUGAAGUGAAUCCAUUUGAUUCAUGCUUUCAACCAGAAAAAUGGCAUGAUGAAUGUCUUCAGAAGUGUGUUGUUCAUGGCAGAAUAUGUGCAGCCGUCUUAUCCAUUACAACUGAAAUUGCCGACAAGAUCUGUUCUAGCGUUGGUGAUAAUCUAAUUGUCACCGCUGAGAAGAAAUUAGAACAAAUUGCAAAAUUUUGCUUGUAUCGUCUUGAUAAAGUCCUUUCACAAAACUACUUCUCUUGGGAUGAUGUAAUGAAUCUGAGAAUUUACUUUCCUGCAAGUUCCAACAUCUCCCAUGAAACAUUAUCACUCAUCAUCCGAAGCAAAUUUGACGAAUUUAGCGAAAAGACCAAAAAGGUGAAGACCUGUGAGGAACCCGUUUUCAACGUUGUGCCUGUGAUCAGCGCCGGUAGCUCUGCUACAUCCAUGGAUGAUAUAAUCACCUGUGAGCUAUUUGCUAGAAAAUCUUGAUACACCCCAUUAACUUUCUUUUUGGUCUACAAAAACCCGAGAUUUGUAGGGGUAACAUAUGUGGUAGUUCACAUUGUUAUUGUCACUUUAAGUAAUGUGUGUGUGUGUGUGUGUGUGUUAAGCCUUUAAACAGAUGCUAUGAAAGCCAAAGAUCCUAGGAGCCAUCAAACGGUUGAUGGGUUGGUUAAAGCCGAAAUUGUGGCGAUUGUCACAUUUUGUUUGCUCAAUUUUGUCAUUAUGAUUUUGGCAUGCUGUGUAUUCUCAUAUCAAAUAUUCGAGAAAUGAAGUAGCUCCACCUUAAUUUGUUUGGUUAA